UUUCCUACGUCCUUCCUUCGUGUCAUCCUCGCGGACCCAAUCCCAGCCGUCCAUCUCCAAACCCUAGCACAGUUGCGAUUUUCCAUUCAAAUCUUUCUCUCCUCCCCCCCUCCUCAUCUCCUUAAAUAAUAGAGAGAGAGAGAGAGGGGGGGAGAGAGAAACUCAAAACGCAAAGAGAGAGCGAGAGAGAGAUAGGGUGUUCGGAAUUGGAGUUUAGAAAGAGGGAUUGAGAGGUUUGAGUUGUGGGAUGGAAAGGUUGGGGGCGGCCAGAGAAACGACAUCGUCGUCGGAGUACGUGAGCUGGGAGGAGGUGUUCGUGUCCAGCGACAAGGGCAGGAGAGAGGUCCAUUACUUUCUGAAGAGGAGGGAUGGAACGACAGAUCUGGUGGUGAUAGGGAAGGAGAAGAGCCUGAGGCACAUGUCGUACCACUAUGCGAUUAGGGACCGAGCGCUCCUUCCCUCUUCGUCGUCGCUCUCGAAGCUCAAGUCUCGCAGAGAGGUCGUUGAUUGGCUCAACUUCAUCGUUACAGAUUCGCCACCUCAACAUCAAGACACAUCCCAUUUGGCCGGUGUCUUUUUGGAUGGUAGAAAUGUUUGUGAGUUGGAUGUUCAAACCUUGAAGGACACUCAUUUAAAGAAGCUGGGCCAUUAUACAAAAGAAUUUCUAUGGUUAGGUUCACCUUGGACUUGCAAGAAAAAACGGAGGCAUUAUCAGUCUUUUCGCAGAAAUGGUGUCAAAAUCUCUGUUAAUGACUUUGUACAUGUUUUAGCGGAAGAGGAUAAGCGUCUUGCAGCUCACUUAGAAGACAUGUAUGAGGACUCUAGAGGCAACAAGAUGGUUGUGGUACGAUGGUUUCAUAAAAUUGAUGAGGUUGGUGUUGUUUUGCCUCCCAAUUUUAAUGACAGAGAGAUUUUUUUCUCUCUUUGUCUUCAAGAUCUCAGUAUUGAAUGCAUAGAUGGGUUGGCUACUGUACUCAGUCCCCAGCAUUUUGAGAAAUUUCUGAAUGAAGCUACACACACUCGGUUGGAACCAUUUGUUUGCUACAAGCUGUUUGAAAAUGAUGAUGUCAAGCCUUUUGACAUAACACAAAUUAAAGGUUACUGGAAACAGGAAAUACUCGUAUAUAUGUACACCCUUUCUCCUUCAAAUGCUCAGGGGAAUUCUCAGCAUUUUGAUGGUCUGAAAGCUGAAGAAAAUGUCAAUGAUACCAUUGGAAUCAGACCUAAAAAGAGGCUUUGCCAGUCAAAAGAAGAUGAUGUACACUUGCAAUACACUAACAGAAUAGAGCCAAUGCAUGCAACGUUGGAGGAUGUUCAAAAUUUAUGCAACAGUGGUAUUGAUAGAAAAUGUGGAACUGAAAUCUGCAGAAUAAGAGGAGGAGGUUCUGCUGCCAUUUUAUCCAAAGGAGAUGCAAAGCAGAAUCCUUUGCAGUAUUUAACUGUAGGUUCUCAAGUGGAAGUUCUCUCUCAAGACAGUGGUAUUAGGGGGUGCUGGUUUAGAGCUUUGAUCAUCAAGAAGCACAAAGAUAAGGUGAAGGUUCAAUAUAAAGAUAUUCUGGAUGCCACAGAUGAAUCCAAAAAACUUGAGGAAUGGAUAAUAGCAUCCAGGGUUGCAGCUCCUGAUCAUUUGGGCCUUCGAAUAUCUGGGAGAACUACUGUUCGGCCGCCCCCACAGUGUAAUAAAGGCAGAGUUUCGUGGGCUGUUGAUGUUGGUGCUGUUGUGGAUGUGUGGCGGCAUGAUGGGUGGUGGGAAGGCAUUGUAGUACAAAAGGAAGCCGAAGAUGAACUACAUGUUUAUUUUCCAGGAGAAAAGCAGGAAUCAAUCUUUGGCCGUGAUGACUUAAGACAUUCCCAAGAAUGGUUGGGAAGUGGGUGGGUACAUGUAAAGGACAGACCAGACCUUCUUAACUUAAUAUUAUCUAGCUCAGAAACAAAGUCAGAUGCAGGGAAAUCUUCUGAUGGCAAACCAGCCCAAGCAACCGUUCCUUAUAGCAGACAUUCAAAGCAAGAUGAAACUGGGUCUAGUGAUUUUCGUUCGGACUCGGAAGAUGACAAGGCAAAAUUAUUGGAGGCGGUUCGUGAUCUUUCAAAGGAUGAUUUGCUUGCCCAGUUAAGAUGGAAGUCAUCCAGGAAGAGAAGACGUGGUGGUGGAAUCUCUGUCCAGAAGCUGCGUAGUAAAAUCAUUUCGUGUGAGAGAUUUUUAAUUCCCACAUCGAUGAAGGUGGAUCAUGAGAACUGCAAGUACAUGGGAGAUUCUCUUUUCAGUACUUCGGUUGUUUCGUCUCUAUCAAGCUUGGUUAUGUCUAGGUGACUGGUUGCUUUUGUUGGGAUAAGUCUAUAGUUUUCCACUUCCACC